CAGAGAAGCAAAAGAAAGGCGUGGAAGGUUGCAAAGCCUUUAAAAAAACACUCACUCUCUCUUUCACCUUAUCCUUCCUUGUUCCUUGUUCCUUGUUCCUUGUUCCUCCUUCCUUCUUCCUCUCCAAUGGCGUCGACGGUAGGAGUUCCUUCUCUUUACCAGGUUCCUCACCUCGAAAUCUCUAAACCCAAUUCCAAGAAGAGGUCUGGUUGCUUAGCUCUCUCUCUAGAUAAGCCUUUCUUCUCUCCCAUCUCUCUUCGUAGAACUCGUCUUAUCCACUCCUCUUCCUCUUCCACUUCCUCUUCUCUUCUUAUCCCCUCCGCCGUCGCCACCCCCAAUUCCGUUCUCAGCGAGGAAGCUUUCAAGAGCCUUGGUCUCUCCGACCACGACGAAUUCGACCUCGACGGCAACGACUCCUCCGACGAUGCCGAAGAGCUCGCUAUCUCAAAACUCGGUUUGCCUCAGCGUCUCGGUGAGUCUCUCGAGAAGCGUGGUAUCACUCACCUCUUCCCCAUUCAGAGGGCUGUGCUGGUUCCUGCACUACAAGGACGAGACAUCAUUGCUCGUGCAAAGACAGGAACUGGGAAGACUUUAGCUUUCGGUAUCCCUAUCAUCAAACGACUCACUGAACAAUCUGGAGAUUACUCUGCUUUCAGGAGGCCUGGUCGUCUUCCUAAAUUUCUUGUCCUUGCGCCAACCCGAGAACUGGCUAAGCAAGUGGAGAAGGAGAUUAAGGAGUCUGCACCUUAUUUGAGCACUGUCUGUGUAUAUGGUGGUGUUUCCUAUACCAUUCAGCAGAGUGCUCUGACUCGUGGUGUUGAUGUUGUUGUUGGAACCCCUGGAAGGAUCAUCGACUUGAUCGAAGGAAGGAGCCUCAAGUUGGGUGAAGUUGAGUAUUUGGUACUUGAUGAAGCUGAUCAGAUGCUUGCCGUUGGGUUUGAGGAGGCCGUGGAAUCGAUUCUUGAGAAUCUCCCACAGAAGCGUCAAAGUAUGCUUUUCUCAGCAACUAUGCCUACUUGGGUCAAGAAGUUGGCGAGAAAGUACCUUGACAAUCCCUUGAACAUCGAUUUGGUUGGAGACCAAGAUGAGAAGCUUGCAGAAGGGAUCAAACUUUAUGCUAUCUCAGCAUCAUCGACAUCCAAACGCACUAUUCUGAGCGACCUUAUAACAGUGUAUGCGAAGGGUGGCAAGACCAUUGUUUUUACACAAACAAAAAGAGAUGCAGACGAGGUCUCUCUAGCAUUGUCAAACAGCAUAGCUUCCGAAGCACUUCAUGGAGAUAUAUCCCAACAUCAAAGAGAGAGAACACUCAAUAGUUUCCGCCAAGGGAAGUUCACAGUGCUAGUUGCCACUGAUGUUGCAUCUCGUGGACUUGACAUUCCCAACGUUGAUCUUGUUAUCCACUAUGAACUUCCUAAUGACCCAGAGACUUUUGUGCACCGUUCUGGUCGUACUGGGCGUGCAGGAAAAGAAGGCUCUGCCAUUCUCAUGCACGCCAGCAGCCAAAAGAGAACAGUGAGGUCUCUGGAGCGAGACGUUGGCUGCAGAUUUGAGUUUAUUAGCCCACCAACGGUUGCAGACUUGUUGGAAGCGUCAGCAGACCAUGUGGUGGCCACUCUAAACGGUGUACACCCUGAGUCUAUAAAGUUUUUCUCAGCAACUGCUCAAAAACUAUUUGAGGAAAAGGGAACAGAUGCUUUAGCUGCAGCUCUAGCUCACCUGAGCGGUUUCUCUCAGCCACCUUCAUCAAGAUCUCUCCUCAGUCAUGAGAAGGGAUGGGUGACUUUACAAUUAAUACGAGAUCCAACGAACUCUAGAGGCUUCUUGUCUGCGAGGUCUGUCACUGGUUUUCUUUCCGAUGUUUACCGCCCAGCUGCAGAUGAAGUUGGAAAAAUCUUCUUGAUCGCAGAUGACAGGGUGCAAGGAGCUGUUUUUGAUCUACCAGAGGACAUAGCGAAAAAUCUGCUAGAGAAAGAAGUGCCAGAAGGAAACAGUUUAUCCAUGAUAACAAAGUUGCCUCCGCUGCAAGAUGAUGGACCGUCUACUGAUAACUAUGGACGGUUCUCUAGCAGAGACAGGAUGCCUAGAGGAGGUUCUAGAGGGUCAAGAUCUGGCGGUAGAGGAGGAUCAUCACGAGGACGUGAUAAUUGGGGAGGUGAUGAUGACAGAAGAAGUAGAAGCAGCGGUGGCGGAGGAAGCAGCUGGUCUCGUGGUGGUGGUUCCAGAGGAAGUUCUGAUGAUUGGUUGAUUGGCGGUGGUAGUGACAGAAGAUCAUCAAGCUUCAGAGCUCCUUCCCGAGAGAGGAGUUUUGGAGGUGCAUGCUUCAAUUGUGGAAGUUCAGGGCACAGGGCAGCAGAUUGUCCUGAGAAGAGAGGGUUUUAAAGUAUUCUUAGUUAGUGGUUUCUCCUCUUGAGGGAGAGAGAUCCUUGUCCUUUUUGGUGUUCUUAAUGCGAAUUCUUUUCGUGCUUCCUUCAACCAUUUGUUUCAGACGGUAGAGAGUGCAAGCAUGGAGGAUGUAUGUCUUCAAACAAGGUUUAACUACAAAGCAUAGUGCAGAAAAAGAGAGAGAGGCAACAAAAAGGAGAAGGUUUUCCUCAAUUGGCAUUUUCAGAGAUUGCGUGAGAAACACGGGAAAGCUGAUGGAUCUUUUUACUUUAGGUUGUUAUAAUGAUCAGAUUCCAUGUUUCUGAGUUUUGUAUGAUUUAAGUGGUUAGUCAGUCUAUCUACAAUACCUUCUUUUGUUUUUGGACGUUUCUAUUAUUAAAUGUGAAUCGUGAUCACAUGUGUUUUGACAGAAGGAGCUCUACCUUUAUAAUAGAAUCGUUUCUCUCUUUAUAAUA